AAGGGGCGGGGUCACAGUUGUCACGCGCAACAGUAUCAAAGCGUCGCGCGCAGUAAAUCAAAUCAAAUGGCUGUGUAUUUGUUCUCACCUCUAACAAAGGACUUUUUUAUAAGCUACUAUAUAACGGUACAUGCAGUGGAAAUGAGGCGUAACGAGGAAAAGCAGUCUUUCAGCGAAGGGUAGUACAGAAUGAAAUAAGUAAGAUUUCCUCAAACAUACAGCUAGCUUGCAUAUAAAUAAAGUGGGCGGAGCUGUUGGUUGUCAGGAGCAACGGCGUCAACACACUCGCACACUCGGUAGCGAGGCAGUUAGCUUGGUGCGUGCUUUGUGUCCACAACCGCGCGUGAACGCUUUCUCCGCUCAGACCUGAGGAACUAACCAGGAUACAGGAUCUUCUCCUGGUCUGCAGCUCUGAGAGACUUUUUUUUGCUGUCAACGUAAAAGAAAAGUAGAAGGAAUAAGGAAUGAAUUAUUUUAGACAUCUUUUUUCUGUAUCCAUCACGCGUUAACGCUCAGCAGUAGCAGGGUUUGGUUUUAUUCUGCCUCUUUUGCGUCGAUUUCUCUUUUCUCUUUUUGUGAGAAGAAGGGGAGACAACGUAAUGCUUUCGCAAAUGUGAACGGGAAGUGAAGUGUGUGCAGCGAUUUUGGGGAGAGAGAGUGGACACACACACACACACACACACACACACACACACACACACACACACACACACACACACACACACACACACACACACACACAGAGAGUGAGAGAGUGAGAGAGAGAUGGGCAAAUCCAACAGCAAACUCAAGCCAGAGGUGGUGGAGGAGCUGACCAGGAAAACCUACUUCACUGAAAAAGAAGUCCAGCAGUGGUAUAAGGGUUUCAUUAAAGACUGCCCCAGUGGGCAGCUGGACUCAGCUGGCUUUCAGAAAAUCUACAAGCAGUUUUUUCCCUUUGGGGACCCCACCAAGUUUGCUACAUUUGUCUUUAACGUCUUUGAUGAGAACAAGGAUGGACGCAUUGAAUUCUCUGAGUUCAUCCAAGCACUGUCGGUCACCUCCAGAGGAACACUGGAUGAAAAACUUAGAUGGGCCUUUAAACUGUAUGACCUUGAUAAUGAUGGCUACAUAACACGGGAUGAGAUGCUGAACAUUGUGGAUGCCAUCUAUCAGAUGGUGGGAAACACAGUGGAGCUACCUGAGGAAGAAAACACACCAGAGAAAAGAGUGGAUCGCAUUUUUGCUAUGAUGGACAAGAAUGCAGAUGGGAUGUUGACACUACAGGAGUUUCAAGAGGGCUCCAAGGCAGAUCCUUCCAUUGUACAGGCCCUGUCACUCUACGAUGGGCUUGUGUAGCCAGACUUCAACACGGCACACAGCUACCCCGACAAUCCAUUUUUGCCAUCCUGCUUGCUCUGUGAGAGAAGCUGAUGUAUUCCUUGCUUUCCCACACUUGCUUGGACCAUGUAUUGCAUUAGUGCAUUGUGGGGGCUGCUUGUGGAUACAGCUCAGCUGUCAAUUAUUCAUCUGCAUUGUCAAAGAAAAACACAGGUCAAGAUCACAGAUUGUGCCAUCUUCUGCAGAAUUAUUCUCAAGAUUCUUAUGAAUAUGAUGAAUUAAGUCAUUUCCUUUCAAGGAGAGAGAAGCACCCAUGCAUGAGCAGUGCACAUAUAAAAAUCAGUAUAUUACUGAAUACCAGUAGAACGUCAUUGUAUUUUGUUCGGUGGAUCAAGAUGAAGACAUUCAGACACACCAAACUCUUGAGGGGGCUCCAAACAGGACAACAUAUUCCAUAUAAAUAUAUAAUAAAUGAACAAAACUUCAAACUGUGUUACUGAAUUGUAGUUUAUGGACAAUGACAUGAAGGCUGUGAUUCACUGGACCUGAUAGGCCAGUAUUUUUGAAGAUCAAGUGAAAAUGUAUUAUACUUGAUUUAAUGUAUUCAGACAUGUUUUAAGCUGUUCUGAUCACAUCUGUGGUGUAAAUUACUGCUGCAACCUGUGCUGCUCUUGUGAUGCUUCUGUGAUCAUACUGAGGCGUGUGAUUUGCAUUAAACACUGAUAUGGUGAUGUAUUGCUUCUCUAGCUAAACCUUUGGCACAUAUGGCUCAAAAAAAGUGUUUACCAUUUACACUAUUUUCAAAUUUUCUUUAUAUAGCGCAUUUUGAAAACCAUGAGUCUCCUUAAUUUAUAUAAAAAACUUUAUAACAUAUCAUUGUACUUUUCCAACAGUUUACUUGCUUAACAGAAAUUUGAGACAGAAGGAGUCUAAUCUAACAAGCUUUUCAUAGCUAGGACAAAGAUUGGUUAAUUGGCUAAUUUUUGAGUGUUCACAUUACACUUACCUGACGUCAUUUCACAGCAUCGAGAUGACAGCACACCAGGACAACAACCAGAAGCUUCACAUCCCUCUGUACAGAAUAACAUUCAUGGCUUAAUAUGGUAUUUAAUAUAUUUAUCCAUGGUACUAAGAAAUCAAAUCGAAACAGUACAUUGUACAACAAGACAGUAUCUGAAUAUGCAGCACAUUGUACAGCAUGAAAGUGUAAUGUAUUUAUUCCCUGUUUGUCUAAACAGACUGCUGACAUUUCUGUUAUUGCGGCAGGAAACAGUUCAAGUCUCUGUAUUUAAAUGUAGUGGCACUCGAACUGUAUUAUGUAAAAAUACAUUUUAUACCCUGUAGUCUUUGACUUGGGAAACUUAUUUAAGGCUGUUAAGGACUAUAUUAUUGUACGAUUUAAGGGUACAAUAAAAUACAAAUCUCAAAUACA